CCUCCUACUGAGGUCAGGACAGAAGACUGCCUCUGCCCACAGAGGAAGAGACGAGAGCUGAGCAAAGAGCAGUUCACAUCACAGAGGGGCUGGGGAGCAGUAGCUUCACGCAAUAGAGAAAAGAGGAGGAAAAUCCAAAAAGAGCAGGAACUGUUCGCUGUAAAGAUUGGUAAGAACCAAGAUACUUUCUUUCCCACUUGGAUUACUGACUCAACAGUUGUUGCUAACAAAACCCACAGGUGUGGCUAGUUGAGACGAUUUCAUUGUACCUGACUGCUUGGACUUGUGUAUAUUUGUGUAGGGAGCAAGGUGAGAAAAGAUUGAUUUGCUGUGUUAUCCAACAUCAGAGUGGCUUUUCCUCCCUUUUCCUCCUCCUAGAGGUUGCCGAUGGCUAAACAGACAUCCUCUUCAGACUGUUCUCAUCUCAUUGACCACAGCCACAUCUCUGAGUUUGAGGUAUCUCCUUGGAUCAAGAUCACUUUGGCCUUGCUCGACAUCUGCAUCUUUAUAGCAGGCAUCUUGGGCAACAGCAUCACCAUCAAGGCUACCAGGAUCCUGCAGAAGAAAGGCUACCUGCAGAAGGAGGUCACGGAUCACAUGGUGAGCCUAGCCUGCUCUGACCUGUUGGUCAUCCUACUGGGCAUGCCCAUGGAGUUCUUCAGUGCCAUCUGGAAGCCCUUUGCCACCCCAAAUGGCAAUGUGGCUUGCAAGCUCUACUAUUUCCUCUUCGAAGCCUGCAGUUAUGCAACUGUGCUGCAUGUGGGCACCCUUAGUUUUGAGAGGUAUGUGGCUAUCUGCCACCCCUUCAAGUUCAAGGCAGUCUCUGGGCCCCGUAAAGUGAAGAUCCUCAUUGCUUUUGUCUGGGGGACAUCUGUCAUUGUGGCUCUGCCCCUCCUCUUUGCCAUGGGCACAGAGUAUCCACUGGAAAUCAUUGAGGACUAUCAAGGUGCGACUGCCUGUGCCAAGUCAACUGCCAGACACCACCAUCCUGAACUAAAGCAAAACAUGACAAUCUGUACCAGCCUCUCCUCCAAGUGGCCCGUUUUCCAAGCCAGUAUCUUCAGUGCUUUUGCAGUGUACAUCAUAGUGCUGGGGUCUGUUGCCUUCAUGUGCCGCAGCAUGAUGAAAACCCUGAUGAUCCACAAGAAAGGAACUGUGGCAGUGAAGGGUGAGCCUGGACAACAGGGGCAGUACCUAAGGAAAAGCGAGAGCUCAGAGGGCAAGAGCUCCAGGAGACAGAUCAUUUUAUUCCUGGGCACAGAAGACUUGAUUUCAUUAACUUGGGAUGCAGCCAUUCCCAUCUCUCAUGCAAAUGGCAAAUACCUUUCGUGUAAGUAUACUUUAAAGAUUCAUUUCUUUCUCUAAUCAAGUGGUGAAGUC